AUGGCCGCACCUGCCAACAAUGACGAGGAGUUCCGCUCGCACACCCAACAGAGCCCCCUAGCCUCACAGCGCGCAAAGCAGCAGGGCAGCGUCCCCUCCGGCGCCCCAAAUGGUCGCGGUUUCACCGGAUGGUUCCCGCUAGGCUACAAGGAAGGCUUCAGCCAAUGGUGGGCAGGGCUUUCGCCCGCCGAAACAGAGCACAAGGUGCUCUCCUUCGUACCCUAUCUGCAGAGACCACCUACCCACACUCAAACCGGUUCGGCGCCGCCUUCUACCUCUCCUUCCUCGAUGGACAUCUCGGGAAACCCGGCCGAUGAUGCACAACCAGUCACAACCAACUCGGUCACAGACCCAUAUGGUCCUCGGAGGUGGCAAUCCAACCUGGUACAACUCUCGGGGAAAGAGCGCGCUCUCAACGAAUUCACCGUAGAACGCGUGGGCGAGGAGGUUGAGAACAACUUGGUCAUGUUGCACGGCUAUGGUGCUGGUCUUGGUUUCUUCUACAAGAAUUACGAGGGUCUCAGCCGCACUCGAGGCUGGAAGCUCUACGCGCUGGACCUUAUGGGCAUGGGUCGGAGCAGCCGUCCGCCCUUUAGGAUCCACGCAAAGGACCACAACGGUAAGAUUACCGAGGCUGAGAAUUGGUUCAUCGACGCACUUGAAGAAUGGAGGAUUAAGAAGGGCAUCGAUCGCUUCACGCUGCUCGGCCAUAGCUUGGGAGGUUACAUGGCUGUUGCCUACGCGCUCAAGUACCCCGGCCACCUCAACAAAUUGAUCUUGGCAAGCCCGGUGGGUAUCCCGGAAGACCCGUACGCUGUUCAGUCCGACAUGCCGGAGCCUUCCGAUUCCACGAUGGCCAACGAGUUCACCCAAGACCAAGGCAACACCAUCGGUGGCUCCAACCCAUCGGCCGUCAAGCAGGCCGACAACAACAACUUUCUCAACGCGCGCUCGAAUGCGCCCCCGCGGGAGAGCGGCAAGCCCCCGAGGAAACCCUUGCCGAAAUGGUUGACCUACCUUUGGGAUGCUAACAUCAGCCCAUUCUCGUUCGUGCGAUGGUCGGGCCCGAUCGGACCACGUCUGGUGUCAGGGUGGACCUCGCGCCGGUUCUCGCACCUGCCAACCGAGGAGUCGCAGGCACUGCACGACUACUCGUACUCGCUCUUCCGCCAGAGAGGCAGCGGCGAGUACGCGCUCGCAUAUGUGCUUGCUCCUGGAGCCUUUGCUCGGAGCCCCUUGAUUCGCAGGAUUCAGAGCGUCGGUAGACAGUACCUCGGUCCGCACGCUGGCCCCCUACCCGACGGAGAUCGCCCAAGCUCGUCUGGCGCCGGUCAGCAGAGGAGAGAGAACGGCCUUCCCGUUGUGUUCAUGUAUGGGGAGAAUGAUUGGAUGGAUAUUGCCGGUGGAUUCGCGGCAGAGCAGAAGAUGAAGGAGGAGAAGGAGAGGAUUUUGGCCGGGAAAACGGAGGAGGAGAAGAAGAAGGACAACGGUAGCGCCAAAGUUCUGGUCAUCCUAAAGGCUGGUCAUCACCUUUACUUGGAUGGAUGGGAGCAGUUCAACGAAGUCAUGCGUGAGGAAAUGGCCGACGUACAGCAGAGAGAAAGGAGGAGGCUUGAAGAUAAGGUUUACACAGCAUCCUUCGCCUUCUUCGAGGCCAUAUGGGAAGCUGGAAUCACGCAUUGUUUCGUCAAUUUGGGCUCAGACCAUCCCAGCAUCAUCGAGGCCAUCGUCAAAGGCCAAAAUGAAAAGCAAGGAAACUUCCCCAAGAUCAUCACAUGCCCGAACGAGAUGGUCGCGCUUUCCAUGGCCGAUGGCUACGCCCGGCUCACGAACAAGCCUCAAUGUGUGAUCGUCCAUGUGGAUGUCGGCACCCAGGGUCUUGGUGCAGCGGUUCACAAUGCCUCUUGCGGCCGUGCGCCCGUGCUCAUCUUCGCCGGUCUUUCUCCCUACACCAUCGAGGGUGAGAUGCGCGGGAGCAGGACCGAGUAUAUCCAUUGGAUCCAAGAUGUCCCCGACCAGAAGCAAAUCGUUGCCCAGUAUUGCCGGUAUACCGGCGAGAUCAAGACGGGCAAAAACGUCAAGCAAAUGGUCAACCGAGCUCUGAAUUUUGCUAUGAGCGAUCCCAAGGGGCCGGUCUAUCUCUAUGGUGCGAGGGAGCCCAUGGAGGAGGAUUUGGAGCCAUACAAACUGGACCAAGCAUUCUGGAACCCUGUGGAGCCGCCCGCAUUGGCCCCGAAAGCUGUAAAGACGAUAGCAGAUGCUCUCGUUACCGCCGCAGAGCCGCUAAUCAUUACCGGUUACAGCGGAAGAAACCAUGCGGCCGUCGGCGAACUGGUCAAGCUGGCAGAUACUGUCCCGGGGCUCCGUGUGUUGGACACGGGUGGUAGUGAUAUGUGUUUCCCAGCAAACCACCCUGCUUGGCUCAGCCUCCGCUUCGGCGUCGAAGAAAGCAUCAAGACAGCUGAUGUGAUUGUGGUGAUCGACUGCGACGUCCCGUGGAUCAACACUCAAUGCCAUCCGAAGGAGGGUGCAAAAAUCUACCACAUCGACACCGACCCGCUAAAGCAGCAAAUGCCCGUGUUCUACAUCAAUGCACUAGCACGAUACAGGGCCGACUCGGAGCUCGCCCUCAAUCAGCUGCACUCCUACAUCAGCUCGUCUCCCGACCUGAGCAAGCAGGUGAAGAGUGCCGAAUCCGAGCAGCGCCGGCAAGUGCUUCAAGCGAGCUACAAGAAGAAGCUGGCCACGAUCGAGAGCCUCGCGAAGCCGGGCGACGACGGCUCGUACGGCGCGUCGUACCUCAUCAGCCGCGUGCGCAAGGCCUGUCCACAGGACACCAUCUGGGCGAUCGAGUCGGUCACGAACACGGCGUUCGUGGCGGACCAGAUCCAGGCCACGAUCCCCGGCAGCUGGAUCAACUGCGGCGGCGGCGGCCUCGGAUGGUCUGGCGGCGGUGCCCUCGGCAUCAAACUCGCAUCCGACCACACCGGAUCCAAGAAGUUCGUCUGCCAAAUCGUCGGCGACGGGACCUACCUCUUCUCCGUGCCCGGCAGCGUCUACUGGAUCAGCCAGCGCUACGGCAUCCCCAUCCUCACCAUCGUCCUCAACAACAAGGGGUGGAACGCCCCGCGGAAGUCGCUCCUGCUCGUGCACCCGCACGGCGAGGGGUCCAAGGUCAGCAACGAGGAGCUCAACAUCUCGUUCGCGCCCACGCCCGACUACGCGGGCAUCGCGCGCGCGGCGUCGGGCGGCGCGGUGUGGGCGAAGCAGGCUGGGACGGUGGAGGAGCUGGAGAGGCUGUUGCCCGAGGCGGUGGAGUGUGUCAAGGGGGGUACGUCGGCGGUGUUGGAUGCGCAUUUGGAUGGGCCGCAAGGGAAGUAUCCGGGGGAUAAGGCGGCGUUGGUUGGCUGA